UGCAUCUGGUGCCAGCGUUGUCGCCAUCGAUAACAAGAUUGAGCAGGCAAUGGACUUGGUGAAGAGCCACCUGAUGUAUGCUGUUCGCGAGGAGGUGGAGGUGUUGAAAGAGCACAUCAAGGAGCUGUACGAGAGGAACUCGGUGUUGGAGCGAGAGAAUGCCGUACUGAAGUCGCUGGCCAACACGGAGCAGCUCGGCCAGCUGUCCAGUCAGCUCACCCAGGGCAGCAGCACUUCGCCGCCGCUGCAGCAGCAGCAGCAACACCCGCUCGUAACAAACAACAACACCCCCUUGGCGCACCACGAGGGCAGUCAAAGCGUCCCCCAUCAGCCCAACAUAACCUCGGCGUGAUCCCCCUUCCCCCAGUACACACGCUCAAACACACACCACCCACGGGCAGGAUUAGAAGAUCCUGUUAGUAAAGACAACAACUGCUACCGUCCCCUUAGCUCCAUAAAGCAAAAGGCUCGGCUCUGCGUUAAAUAUGCUCCAUUUGAGGAAAAAAUCAACAGCGACAUCUUUGUUUGCCACCAAGAGCCAUGCUUCAGUGUGUGCACGUUGCCGUCACCGGGCCUUCACAUUAAGACAUUUACCACCCUUUGAAAAGUCUUAUUCUGUCCCCGUGUUUGGCUGCAAGAAAGCUGAAAAAGAAGGUGGGGCAGGUGAGCACACCAUAAAACUGCAUGCUUUUCUCGUGCAGGAGAGGUGGGGGAGGGGGGAUCAAUUUGUUGGGUCAACAAGUGGUGGAAGAGGACGGUGCAAUCCUGUGAGGGGCCCGACGAGGGUCCUGUAACAUCCAGCAGGGACUGUCCUCUCUGUAUCCUCACCCCCACAUCACUCUCUGGCCCAGAGAACUGAGGUGGGCGGGGGGAGAGCGGGGGAGAAGAUUCAUCCUCCCUGAGUGGAGGAGGACGCCAGCGGGCGCCUCGGCUUGAGUGGAGUGAAUUGAGAGCCUCGGCUUGUUAUAUGCUGCAACAAAAGCUUGUGUUGUUUUCUCAGAGCCACCGUACUUUGACAUGAAUCAUAAUACUUUUUUCAUUAGUUCAGUUUUAGUAUUUGCAUUAUUUAUUUCAGGGCUGCUAUUUUCAUAAUGUAAAUGAACAAUGUCAUGGAGAUACUUAUUAAAAACAAAAAAGAAACCUUUCUCUUUGGUCUUUUGGUAUUUUAGAAUCUGUCAGGUAUUAAAUUUGGUAGUCUCUUGCAACAAGUAGAUCUCAGUAAGUAGGCAAUAAGUUCCAUAAUAGAAAUUUUUCUCUUCAUGAAAUAGUGCUAACACUAAAGCCGAGCUUACAUUAGGUGAAAUCCAGGUUGAAUGUAUAUUUUGUAAAGUGUAAAGUAUUAAGAGCAAGGAGGGUUUGUACAGGAGAACACCUGUUGUUAAGAUGUGAUGGGAUGUUUUGAUAAAGAAAACUAUUAAUUUACUUUUUUUUUCUCCUUUCUUUUUUUUUAAAAGACUUUCUUUGUCAAAGCAGAAAAACAGAAAUUAAUUUGGGGGUUUGGUUGGGGGAUGAAAAGCUGUGAAAAUUGUUCGACCUACUUUAUAACCAAAGACGCAAAGCUGUGUAAGUCUUUUUUUUCUCUCUUUUCUUUCCAUUUUUAAAUGCACACUCAUACUUUUUUUUUUCUACUCUCUCCUUUCCUAUAUUUCUUUUUUUGUCGCUGUUUUGCAUGUUCUGCAUGAUCUAUAAUCAAACCACUUUCUUACCUCAUGUUUUCAUCCAGCACUCUUUAUUUCUCUGUCAGUCUGUGAAUGAUUGUGAAAGGAUUAACGAAAGAGAAAGGGAACAAUGGGCAUAGAGGGUGAAGUAAGUAGUCCAGGGGGAAAGAAGAAUAAUAAAUAAUAAUAAAAAGAAGAAUGGAAAGGUGUUCGUGUCGGACGGAGGGGAAAGGGCCUUGUGCACAAAACGGUCAGAAAAGGAGCCAUCUUUUUUUGUUUUCAUGUAAAUGCUGUGUUUGAGUUUCAUAUGCAGACAAAAGGUUUUGUUACAUUGCAGAUUUUCAUGUAUUUAAUGAAUGCAGCAUCUAGAUUUCGAUUGUAGUGUACCAACACUUAAAAAUAAAAAAUAACAACUAGGCAACAAUAUCCACACAAAAAGAAGAAGCAAAACGAUAGAAGCUAUUAAACAUUUCACACUUAGAAGCUGGAACCCAGUCGAUUUGUGUGUGAGCAUAUUAUGGGAUGUCCUGUCUGUGUCACGUCCUUUGUGCCUCCUGUGCCGUCGUCUGCUGUCGCCAGGCGAUCCGGUUUCUUUCUCUGUGGCUUAGAACCAAACGAAAAUGCUUGGUAAUUGUACAAUCAGUCAUCUUUCUACAGGAUGGACUCUUCUGAUUUCCUUUCUUUUUUCUUUCUUUUUGCAAAUGGGCUUAUUUCUUUUCUCUUUAGAGUAUUUUUUUCCCCUGUUUUUCUUUCAUUUGAAGGAGAUGCCGUGUACAUGCCAAGUGUACUGUAUGAAAGUGAUCACUGAGCCUUGGAGAAAAUAUCUUAACAAUGCCCUUGUAAUGUGCUGUUCAGACAAUUUUAGUUUUGAGUCAAAAAUAAAUUACUGUUUUAUUAAGAAAA